AUGGCAUCAAUGCUAUUGAGAUCAUGCAGGAAUAUCAACAGCUAUUUACCUCAUACAAGAUUAUCACCCAUCAACACACCGUCCAUCAUAUUGCAUCGCACCAUCUCAUCCACUGUUGUUGAAGGGAAUCUUCGUCAACUUAUGCGUCAAGUUCCUCAACCAGUUGUUAUUGUCACUGCAUGCGAUACAACUGCAACUCCUCAUCAGUCUAGAGCAAUGACAUGCAGUUCAUUCACUUCCGUCUCUUUGACUCCCCCCAUAGUGUCCUUUGCCAUCAGACAUCCUUCCUCCAUGUCACCACUUUUACAUCGAUCUAGCAAUUUCGCUGUGCAUUUACUAUCCAAACAGCAGAUAUCUCUGUCAGUUGCAUUCUCAUCUCCUAGCACUCAAACAAACUUUGCUGCUUUCUCUCAUCAUCUAGACGAUGGAGGAACUGGACUUCCAAUUCUUCAUGGAUCCUUGAGCGUGCUUAUCUGUCAGGCUGAACAAUCACUUCAAAUGGGCGAUCACGAAGUAUGGUUUGGUCGAGUCAAGCGGAUUGUACCAGGUCUCGGCGUAUCCAAAAAUCAUCCCAAAAUGGAUCCAUUAUUAUACUACGAAUCCAGUUAUAGAAGCAUUGGCGAUGAAGUGUUUUUAGAUGCAUUUGAAAAAGGAACAUUGUCGUUUGAUGAAUGGACGCAUCGGGCACAUUUACGAAUGGCUUGGAAUUACCUUCGCGAGGCUGAUGGGUGUUUAGAUAAAGCGAUUCCUCGUGUAAAAGAGGGAAUCUUUAGAUACAAUGCUGCCAAUAUACAGCGUGUCAAGACUGGCUACAAUGAAACCAUUACCAUUUUCUUUCUAAAUCUCGUGGUCAAGGCUGUUGAUGCAGACAAGAAACUAGAUGGUGAUAAUUCCGACUUUCUUGAUUUUCUUGGUCGCCAUCCUCAUUUGGAAGAGUUUGAGAUCAUCUUUAAAUACUAUUCAAAAGAAAGGUUGUAUAGCUCAGAGGCAAAAGCAGCAUUUGUUUCUCCUGAUUUACAACCUAUGCCUUUACAUUAA